AUGGCGUUCCUCGGAAUUGAAGGAUAUCAUGUGUUCAUUACCGGGGCAGCGGGUGGUAUUGGCCAGGAAGCAGUUAAAGAAUUUCUAGGGCAAGGAUGCAAGGUUACAGGGCAUGACCUUCGUCACGUCCCUGCACCCUCUCCUGAACACCCAAACUUCUACUCUGUGACUGGAGACAUCUCGUCUGAGACAUCAAUCGCAUCGUGCCUCAAGUCUGCUGUGGAGCAUUUCGGGCCCAUCAAUAUUCUAAUUGCCAAUGCUGGAAUCACCGACGAAUCCUCUGACUACAAUAUCUGGGAAAUUCCGCUGGAUAUCUGGGAAAAGACCUACAACACUAAUAUCCGGGGCACAUUCCUAACCAUCAAACACUUCUUGCGCAGCGCAUUGGAGGCCCAGACAGCAGCAGGCAGUACUGAGCUUGAGAAUCUUGCUAUUGUCGUCACUGGAUCCGAAACCGGCAAGUUUGGCCAAGCUGGACAUACCGAAUAUGCCUCUGGCAAGGCUGGUCUUCAGUACGGUCUUGUGCGCGGCGUCAAGAAUGAGAUUGUCAAAAUCAACUCCAAAGCUCGCAUCAAUGCAGUCGCACCUGGGUGGGUUGAUACUCCUCUGAUUGCCGGUCGGCUGGAUGACCCCAACGAAAUGUGGCACGAGGCCCAGGCCACAGUUCCCCUGCGAAAGAUUGCGCAGCCUCAAGAUGUCGCGCGCACAAUGGCCUUCCUGGCCAGCCAUCGUGCAGCUGGCCACAUUACUGGACAAUGUCUUUCCGUAGAUGGUGGCAUGGAAGGGCGCGUAAUUUGGAGGGCGGAUGAGCUUUUGGGGAAAGAGACCACCGGUGUACAAGGAAUCCCCUUGACAGUGGAUGUUCCUCCGCCUAUCGCAACCAAAAGGCGCCGCAUUCAAGUGCUACUCUCCGUCGAUUUUGAUGCAGUGUCGGGCUUCCUCGGAACAGGGGCUUCGGAAAACAACAGUCUGUCCGAUUACAGCAGUGGGUAUUUCGCUGCCCAGGUGGGAGUACCACGCCUGUUGCGUCUUUUUAAGAGACACGGAAUUGCUUCAUCGGUCACUUGGUUUGUGCCAGGACACUCGAUGGAGUCUUUCCCAAAUGAAACCCGGGCGAUCGUGGAUUCUGGUGCCGAAGUUGGAUGCCAUGGAUACGCACACGAAGGCGCAGCCCAGAUGACCGAGGCACAGGAGAGAGAAGUUAUUACCAAGUGCGUUCAGCUUGCAACUGAGUUGACUGGGCAGAAGCCUCGCGGCUGGAGGGCCCCGCUCUACCUUUUGAGGGAGCAUACGGUCAGGGUGUUAGAAGAAUUUGGGUUCUUAUAUGAUACCUCCCUUACGCACCACGAUUCAGAGCUAUACUUCCUUCCUGAAGUGCCUCCGAUCAAGCCGAUUGACUUUUCUCCUUCCCAAUCAGCCACCACAUGGAUGAAGCCCCUUGCAAAAGCCGCUCCAAAAACAGAGAAAACACUCGUGGAGAUACCUUGCAAUUGGUACAUGGAGGACAUGACGCCAAUGCAGUUUCUCCCAGCUGCAACCAACUCUCAUGGUUUUGUCAGUCCAACCACCAUCCAAGAGAAUUGGAAGUCUCGGUUUGAAUUCCUAUACAAUGAGACCGAGGACUUCGUGUUCCCCCUGGUCUUGCAUCCAGACACUAGCGGCAUGGCCCAUGUCAUCGGAAUGAUUGAUCGAACGAUUACAUGGUUGAAACAGAAAGGAGACGAGGUGGAAUUUGUUACUUAUGAGAACUGCGCAAAGGAGUGGAAAGAAAAGCAAGGAAAAUAA